AUGAUCUCGAGAUCGACCCUUGCGCGAACUGCGCAGCAGGCUGCCCGCCAGUCCUGCCGCGUCCAGCGACGAACAUACGCCGCCGCUGCCUCGACCGGAUCAUACGAGACCUCGGAUGCGUCUGGCCUCAAGAUUGCCUCACGGGAUGCCCACGGCCCUACUACCAAGCUCGCUGUUGUAGCCAAGGCUGGUACUCGAUACCAGCCUCUCCCCGGUCUUACUGCUGGUCUUGCCGAGUUUGCCUUCAAGAACACUCAGCGACGAUCUGCUCUUCGCAUCACUCGCGAGUCCGAGCUCCUUGGUGGUCAAUUGGCUUCUUCCCACUCCAGGGAGGCUGUCGUUGUCGAGGCCAACUUCCUCCGUGAGGAUCUGCCUUACUUCACCGAGCUGCUCGCUGAGGUCAUCUCCAUGACCAAGUUCACCACCCACGAGUUCCACGAGGAUGUCGAGCGUGUUCUUCACCACAAGCAGGCCGCCCUCAACGCCGACGUCGCCGCCACUGCUCUUGACAACGCCCACGCCAUCGCUUUCCACUCUGGUCUCGGUUCCUCCAUCCUUCCCAGCUCAUCAACUCCCUACCAGAAGUACAUGAACGAGGAGUACAUCGCCAGCUACGCCGAUGUCGCUUACGCCAAGUCCAAUAUCGCCCUCGUCGCCGACGGUGCCUCUGCCGAUAGCCUCUCCAAGUGGGUUGGUCAAUUCUUCAACGAUGUGCCCUCCACCCCCCGAAACGGCCAGACCCUCAAGACCGAGGCCACCAAGUACUUUGGUGGCGAGCAGCGAACAAACUCCACCGCCGGCAACUCUAUCGUCAUUGCCUUCCCCGGUCCCGGUUACGAGUCUGCCAAGCCUGAGAACGCUGUCCUGGCUGCUCUCCUCGGUGGCCAGUCCACUGUCAAGUGGGCUUCAGGCUUCAGCAUGCUGGCCAAGGCUACUGCUGGCACUGCCGGUCUCACCGUCAACACCUCCAACCUAGUUUACUCUGACGCCGGCCUCCUUGCCGUCCAGCUCAGCGGUCCUGCCGCCUCUGUUCGCAAGGGUGCUGAGGAGGCCGUCAAGGUGCUCAAGACCAUCGCUGAUGGCAAGGCCAGCCAGGAGGAUAUCAAGAAGGCCGUUGCCAAUGCCAAAUUCAACCUCCUGAGCCAGAACGAUCUCCGACAACCCAGCGUUGUCCUCGCUGGUACUGGCAUUGUCAACGCCGGCAAGCCUUACGACUCUGCUGCUCUUGCCAAGGCUAUCGACGGCGUUUCCGCUGAGUCUAUCAAGGCUGCCGCCAAGACCAUGCUUGAGGGCAAGGCCACCGUCUCUACUGUCGGUGACCUGUUUGUGCUGCCCUACGCUGAGGAUAUUGGCCUGCGAGUAUAA